GAUUGAAUGUCCUGACAAGUGUUAGCAGUGCCGACCAACAGUGAUAAAGCAAGCUCGGGCGGGAUCCAACAUGUUCAAAUUUCUCUUCUCGUACCUCAUUCAGUCAUGGAGGCUUCAGGCGCAGAUAAGGGCUUCUUUCAGAAGCCUCCUGUUCUGAACAAUCAGUUUCAUGAUGAUGUGACCUUUCAGAGAUGCUUUAAGUUGUUUCUUCCACGGCAAAUCGUUCAGCAAGUCCAGGCUGAAAUGGCUUCACUUGGAGAUGAUGUCCUCUCCGACCAAGUUUUUGCCUGGAUCACGGAUGCUGAACAUAACAAACCCUUCCUUAAAGGAUCAGGCCGUGAUGUAUUCGGCCAGUGGAAGGGUGAUUUAGUCACUGGUGAAGGGUGGCGUGGCCUUCAGAAUUUUGGCCUGUCCCGAGGGUAAGACAUAUACAUUGUUGACUGAUCAGCUAUUGACAUGUCUAGAUUUGUCGCCGCUGGAUAUGAUACUCCAUAUGGUGCAUUUGCACGAGCAUACCAGUUCAUGCGCAUACAACUUUGGACGCCAUCGUGCGCCAACGUCGGUUGUCCUUCCGCUAUGCAGGAUGGCGCUGCUCGACUUCUACAAACACACCUUGGUAGCCCAGAACUCGUUAUGAAACUCACAGAUGAGCAAAAGAAAGUAUUCGAGAACGCUUUCAGUCAUCUAACCACACGAGAUCCACAGAAUGCAUGGACCAGUGGCCAGUGGAUGACUGAGCGAACGGGGGGCAGUGAUGUGUCGUUGACCGAAACAACAGCAGUGCACAUGCCAACUUCUGAGAUCCAACUCGCCUCGAAAGAUGAAAAGAUACCACUGGGACCAUGGAGUAUCAAUGGCUUCAAGUGGUUUUCGUCAGCAACGGACUCAAGAAUGACUGUCCUCCUUGCUCGAACAUCUAGAGGCGGACUUUCAACCUUUAUGGCCCCGAUGUACAAACACGAUGCGAGUGCUACCACAGCCACCGGACUUCCGAGAAGCAACGGAGAGCAACUUAAUGGAGUUCGUAUCCAACGUUUGAAAAACAAAUCAGGCACACAGAGUCUCCCAACAGCUGAACUAGUUCUCCAGGACAUGCGAGCAUGGCUUGUAGGUCAAGAAGGCCGAGGCAUCCAAGAAAUCGCAACAAUUUUGACCUUGACUCGAGUGCACUCUUCAGUUGCUGCUGUGGGUUAUUUAGGAAGAGGGUUUGCCAUCGCAAGAGCAUAUGCUCAAGUUCGAAAGGUUGGUGGCGGAAAGGGAACUCGAAUGAAGCUCACAGAGAGUUCAUUACAUAUGAGAACCCUUUCAAAGAUAUCUUCCGAGUAUCGUGGCCUUAUGCUUCUUACCAUCUUUACAUCAUAUGUCCUCGGCGUUUCGGAGCAUGACAUAGCGUCAGACGCAAGUCUUUCACCUGCGCUAGAGGCGCUGACACCCUCUGCACAACAUGCUGCGCCAUUGAUUCGGGUUCUUACUCAACUCACAAAAGCUUACGUUUGCAAAGCAUCGGUACAGCUACUUUUCUCUUGUAUGGAGGCGCUCGGUGGUGUUGGGUACCUUGCCAAUGAAGAACAAGAGUACCUCAAUAUCGCCCGCCUCCAUCGUGAUUGUGCUGUACUGCCUAUCUGGGAGGGCACAACGGAUGUUUUGAGCACUGACUUCUUGAGGGCUAUUAAGCAUACGAAGGCUGGUCAGGACACUCUGAACGCCCUCGAAGACUCUAUUAAGAAAGGUAUGGCAUUUCAAGGAAAGGUAUCUUGGCCUGAAGGCUUGAACCCUUUGGAUGUUUGGAAGAGCCUGAGGCAGCGUAUUGAACGAGAAUCGUUGGCAGACUUAAUGGGAGAUGCUAGGGAAGUUCUCUGGGCUGUGGCAGAUUUACUGGUGUCUGUUCUGCUCUAUGUUGACGCUGGUAGUGACGGUGAUCAAGUGUCACUGGACAUUUUCCAUCGAUUCUUGGAAGGGAAGAAUGUCACUACGAAGCGAGAAAAGGUCUCAGCUCAAGAACAGCUUGCGAAGGACUUCGCAGUUGUGUAUGGAGGCGCUAGAAACGAGAUCUUUGCCAAGCUUUGACAGCACCAUUGGUAUUGAUUCAUGGCUGUAUCAUUUCACUCAUUUUUGCGAAUCUGGGGCCAGCACUGUCCUCGUCACAUAUAAAAUGAAAGCUCAAGAGAAACCAAGAAUGUUGAACCAAAUGCAAAGAAUGGGUAUUAAGUAGUUGUACGCCUGUCCCACAUCAACCCUGGAGACUCUUGCAUGUGCCCUUAAAAUUCUUCGCCUUCAGUGUAACCUUCUUACACGCCGUAGCAUCAGUGUGUUUGUCUCCAUAUAGAACAGUACCCUUUGCACUUGUAGAAGUUUUUGAGCAGGAGUUGAAUGUGCUUCCUCCAUCAUGCUGAAGAAGCGUAUUGCUGCCACUCUUUUGUAACGUCCAUGAUUGGAAACCAGGCGUUGGAUCGACGCAUUUGAGAGCACCGCUUGGGCUGAGAAAGCAAGCGUUGAAGGCGUUGUCUCGAAGAAUGUCUUGAGAGUUGGACAGAUCGAUACAGUAGAAGCCGUUGGUUUUGCCGGCAUUGAGCAGCAGGUUGCCGUCGCUGUUUUGUUGAACUGUAGCACUAGUUGCCACAUCUUGUAACGUGAAGCAGCAAUGGCCAUCGAAGACAGUAUCCCGAGGGAUAACUGCAGCUGUGGCCACGGUGCACAAGAGAGUGACCAGAGUGAAUGACUUCAUCUUGAAGAGGAUAUGGUGGAUGAUGUGAGCAGCGUAGAUUAAGUAUAGUAUGAACUCGUAAGAUUAUUGAGUCCAGCUCAAUUGUUAAAGAUAGUAAUAGAGAACUCAAACAUCGUAGACAUCACAAGAAUUCCC